AUGACUUCAGAGAGCAAUUACGUUCAAGCAGUUAUUCUGCGUUUUAAUGGUCACUAUGACCAUUGGAGAUAUUUGAGAUUCGAUGAAGAAAAAUAUCAAGGUACUGCUAGAGUGAAGCGUGCACAGCUUCAAGGCUUGAGAAGGGAUUUCGAGACGUUGCAGAUGAAGGAAGGAGAUUCCGUAAUGAGUUACUACGCUAGAACAAUGGAGAUUAGCAACAAAAUGCGAUUUCAUGGUGGAAAGAUGACUGAUGUCACAAUUGUGGAAAAGAUAUUGCGCUCCCUGACGCUGAAGUAUGACUAUGUCGUUUCCUCAAUUGAGAAGUCAAAAGAUAUAGACGAGUUAUCGCUUGACGAAUUGCAAAGUUCCUUAUUGGUACAUGAGGAAAAAAUGAACCGCAGUACAUCUUCCGAAGAGCAGGCUUUGAAGACAUCUACUAAUACUCAUUUCUCAAAUUUUAGAGGAAGUGGUAGAGGUAGAGGAAGAGGAAGGGGAGAUCGAGGAUAUAGAGAUGAAGGCAGCUAA